UUUAUCCAUUCGUGACUUACCCGCCCUAAUCUUUGCAGUAAAGGAAAUAUCCGAUUUUGCUGCGAGAAAGAAGUGGACCCUCCCGUGACUAAGGAAAGUACAGAGCUGGAACCGAGGAGCAGCUGUGGAAGCCCUGCUUCACACAAGGGUCGUGGGUUUCCUUACAUAGUCGGUCUUGGAAAGCUAAGAAACGACCGGUUCUCUCUUGUGAGCUGCGGUGGAGUCAUCGUCAGCGAGUCUUGGAUUCUGACAAGAGCCUCCUGCCUUGAAUCUGUCACUCACGUAGACCUUCGCUCAGAGAACGAACACAGAUACAUACCAGUAACUGAAAGGAAGCCUUACGAAUGGUAUGACCCUGCAUAUGGUCCUGAAGCGGACAUUGGCAUGUUGAAACUAGAAGCUCCACUACACUUCAAUAAUUCCCUUCAGCCCAUUUGCUUACCAGACGCACAGUAUGAUGGAAGUAACCCGAUGAUCGCAGCUACUAUCACACAGUCAUCAUCUUCCAGGGAGCCGUUUUAUAACUUCCAGAUUGUGACAGUAUUUACCAGAGAUGAGUGUCUGGAAAAGGUUCAUGAUAAGUACAAGAACAUCAUUUCUUCAGACUCCAUUUGUGCCAAUAGAUGGAUGACGUCGAAAUCAGAAGUCCUUCGUGAAGGCAGAGUUCUGUUUCAAGAUGACGUGUCGUCUGCUGUGGCAACACUGGAAGCAAUUGGAGGAGCUGAAAGUUUUGAUCCCGACGACACAGUGGAACAUUUCAUCCGCGUCUUCCCUUAUGUGACUUGGAUCAAUGGCUUUUUGUAAGGGGCCAUUUGCUUCCCAGAGGGACGUGCUCUUUAUGUUUUAGGAAACAAAAGGUGCAGCAAUAAUGAUACAUGUUUAUUGCUAAGUAAAUGGUAAAGAGAGAGAGAGAGAGAGAGAGAGAGAGAGAGAGAAACCACUUGGUAAAAUAAUUUGUUACAUCAGAUUUUAGUAGUAUCAACUGGUAUUAUGUAUUCGUUUAUUUUUUAUGUUAUUUUUUUGCGAACCUGUUAAGUGCACAUGUAUAGUCUAAUUUCGCUAGUAAUGCCAGAUGCAACGAUUCAUUGUAUGGGUUCACUGGAUUGUAACGUUUUUCGUACAUACCAAAAGGCAGACUGAUUUGUGAAAAAAAACUGAAAAUAAUUGUCAUUAAAGAUGUGAACCUUU